AACAACUCUCUGCAGAGGUGGAGAAGUACAAAGAGGCUGCUGGUGGAGCUGGAGGAGGUGGUGCUGGUGGUGCAGACGGGAACGUACCGAGUGCCACGGAGGCUUAAAGUAGAAGUUUGUGCGUCAACCGGACGAUUCACCCUCCAACAACUCCACCCAAAAGGACAGUAAUCUGAGUUAUCACAGAGGAAAGCUGCAUUUAAAGCCCCAAAAAGUCACUUUGCAUCGGUCUGCAGGCUGCAUGGUAAUCUGGACUUGAUGCAUGGCAGUUGCAUGACCGCAGUAGGUCUUGUUGUGGGACUGAGAGCACACAGCUGCAGCCAUGGCUCAAACCAUGCACGUGAAUGGCAAUGGCUCAGAAAGAGGACAAAGAUGCCCGAGCACAGAGGACGAGAAGGACUCCGAGGCGCCCUACUAUGUUGAAACUCCCUACGGUUAUCAGCUAGACCUGGACUUCCUCAAGUAUGUCGACGACAUCGAGAGGGGCAACACCAUUAAGAAGCUGAGUAUCCAGAGGAAGCCCAAAGUGGCCAAACCCUUGGCGGCGCCUCGGGGCAGCACUGGCGGGGGCAGCACUCGGGCUGAAUGGACCUCCACAGACUCCCUGUCCUCCUCCAACAGCGACGACAAGCAGUCCCCGGUCUUCUUCAACGCCAGGCCCCAGGUCGCCGCGCCGCUGACCCCCACCCUCUCCAGAGGGAGCUGUGAAGCCCCCCCGCAACAGUCCUACUUGAGCAUCUCGGAGCAGAGGCUUCUCCUGCCGCCUCCUUCGCCGAGGUUCGCCCCUCGCCACAACCCCCAGGUGGAGAAGACGCUCAUGGAGACGCGUCUCCGCCUCGAGCAGGAGCGUCUGCUCAUGCAGCCGCACGGCGAGCCGCCGAUGCCCCGCCGCCGUCUCGCCAGCUUCGGCGGCAUGGGCUCCAGCAGCUCGCUGUCCUCUUACUCGGGCUCCAUGGCCCCGAGCCAGAUCUCUCCCAGCGCCCAUCACCCUCUCCCCAUCAACGGUCACUUCCCCAACGGAGAGUACAACCCUUACUACCCGCAAUCCAUGGGCAGCUCCAUCCGCCACAGCCCCAUGAGCUCCGGCAUGGCCACGCCUGUCACAAACGUCAGCCCGUUGCACCUCACGCAAAUCCGGGAGCAGAUGGUCGUGGCCCUCAAGAAGCUGAAAGAGCUGGAGGAGCAGGUGAAAACCAUUCCUAUCUUACAGGUUAAGAUUGCCGUUCUUCAGGAAGAGAAAAGACAGUUGGCUGCUCAGUCCAAAAAUCAAGGUCCCGGUGGCUUUCGCAAGCGCUCCUACAGUGUAGGCAGCGCCGACCAAAUGGAGAACCCGGGCCCGAUCCAAAAGGAAACGGAGCUGCACAUCAUGGAGCCCGAGGCCCAGGAACAGAACGCCCAGCGGCUGGAGGAGUUCAGACGUUUGACCGCUGAGGUCCAAGCUCUGGAGAAGACGACCCUGGACAAUAACGUGACUGAAGCUCCGCCUCAGAAGCUCACGCAAAACCAAGCGCACCAAAAGUCCAUUGGAAUAGUUACCGAUGAAAACAUGAACAGCCUUCCUGUCAAUCAGAGGACGAACGGACAUUGUUUCCGGGAUUGCGGAGUAUCGACGGAGCGGCAGGAAACGCGCAGCGCUGCGGUUGGCGUGACCGAGGCCAUGCUGGGCAUGACCAGUGAGGCGGAGAGGGAGAUCGAGCUCCAGCAGCAGACCAUCGAGGCGCUGAAGGAGAAGAUCUACCGCCUGGAGGUGCAGCUGAAGGAAUCGACGCACCAAAUAGAGAUGGGAAAGCUCAAGCUGGAGCUCCAAGCGGCCGGCGGGUCAAACAAGAAAAAAGUGGACAAAGGUUUGAUGGCGAGGCCCGAGAUGUACAACGCCUGCGUGGAGGCCAAAGUCCAGAUGCGCAGCCUGGGAGUGGGCGAACAUCUGGAAACCAGCCACGCAAACACGGCUAUAACUCUACAAAGCCACGCUGUCGGAGUGUCCUGUCAACCCAGCGUGCAGAGUGUCGCCACGGGCCCGGAGAUCCCGAUGGACCGGUGGGUGGUGCACGAGCGCGUGGAGGUAAAGGACCAGUGCGUAGGGAGACGGGUGGAGACGUGCGACCGGCCGGCGGGCAUGGAGCUGAACGUUUGCGAGGUGGGAGUCAACACGGAGGAGUCGGUCCACAGCCUGGCUCUCUGCAAACCCAUGACGGAGUUGAGCAAAGAGUCGAGAUCAGUCGGCUGCGGGGAUUGUUCCGUGGACGUCACCGUGAGUCCCGUCAAGACUCUGCUGUCUCGAGGAACCGACCCAGACUACGUCACCAAAGUGGACUCUGGCGUCACGGCUACUCCCGAGACGGCGACUCAGCAGACCAAUACCGAGACAGAGGUUGCGAGCAAAUCCACCAACACGAAGACAUCUGUCCUGACCGACUCGUUCACCGACAUGGGGCUGAUCACUUGUGACAAACACACCAACACGGCCGUGACCGAGACGAGGACGGUCGCCGCCGGGGAAGGACUUAUCAAAGACGCUCACUCGACGGCAAAGAUGCGUUCGAUCGCUGUCGGAACCACCACAGACGUGGAGUCGUUCCUUGGCAAAUCGAGCUCUGCUAAAACCAAAGAAUGUGGGGUGGGGACACUUGGCAUCCAGGAGAACUUCUUGGUCGGAUUAAAAACCAGGAACAUAGCGUGCGGCCCCUCCCAGCCGGACGAAUGUGUCACAAGCAGCAGCAGCAAAGAGGCCGCGGAGGUCGAGGCCGAGGCUGCACCACUGCAAGCUCAAGCCCAGGGGGGCGCCGGACUGGACCACUACAUCGAGAGGGUCCAGAAGCUGCUGCAGGAGCAACAGAUGCUGCUGGCGGAGAACUACAGCGAGCUGGCGGACGCGUUCGGUCAGCCCCAGUCCCAGUUCGGGUCCAUCAACAGCCAGCUGGUCAGCACGCUCUCGUCCAUCAACUCGGUCAUGAAGUACGGAAGCGCCGAGGACAUCCUGAAGCUGCAGUCGGACUCGGUGAACUCGAACGAAGAGAUGAGUCAGCAGCUUCAUGCAGAGCGUUCACACGUGGAAAGGACUUCAUGCGGCCUGAUUCCUGCAGAUAAAGCUGCCAACACACCUGCACAGCAGCAGAUGAGUGCGGCGGAGCAGAAGAGCCGGAUGGACCUGCAGAUGUCCACAGCGCUACACGGGCAGCCGUGCAGCCAGAGCACCCUGAAGUCCAUCAUGAAGAAGAAAGAUGGCCGACCCGACUCCAACGGCACCAAAAAGAACCUGCAGUUUGUCGGGGUGAACGGAGGAUAUGAGACGACAUCCAGUGACGACUCCAGCUCAGAGGACAGCAGCUCCUCGGGGUCGGACGACGAGGAAGAGGACGAGGAUGAAGAGAAGGAGUUCGGAGGAGAUAAGGAGGAAUAUGAGAACGUGGAGGCAAGAAGCACCAGGGAGGAGAUUCAGAACGAGGGAGCCGAGGAGGUGAAGAAGAAGAAGGAGGAGGAAGAGGAGGAAAGUUCAGAGAAGGAGAUGAGAGAGAGGUAUGAGCUCAGUGAGAAGAUGCUGGCUGCGAGCAACGUUCUCAAAACUCACCUCAGUGACCCCAAAGCUGUGAGCAGUAAAGAUCUGAGAACCUGCAUCAACACGGUGCAGCACGAGUGGUUCCGCGUGUCCAGCCAGAAGGCGGCGGUGGCCCCCAUGGUGGAGGACUACCUGGGGGCCUUCGGGGCCGUCUCGCCCUCCGUGCUGCGCCACGUCGUCAACAUGGCCGACGGCAACGGCAACACGGCGCUGCACUACAGCGUGUCGCACUCCAACUUCCAGGUGGUGAAGAAGCUGCUGGAUGCAGAUGUGUGUAACGUGAACCAGCAGAACAACGCCGGCUACACGCCCAUCAUGCUGGCCGCGCUCGCCGCAGUGGAGUCGCCGAAGGACAUGCGUAUCGUGGAGGAGCUGUUCGGGAAAGGCGACGUCAACGCUCGGGCCAGCCAGGCCGGUCAGACGGGUCUGAUGCUGGCGGUCAGUCACGGUAGGAUGGACAUGGUCCGAGCUCUGCUGGCUCACGGCGCCGACGUCAACGUCCAGGACGACGAGGGCUCCACGGCGCUGAUGUGCGCCAGCGAACACGGACACGUAGAGAUCGUCAAACUGCUGCUGGCUCAACCCGGAUGUGACGCCACGCUGAGCGACGGCGAUGAGAGUAACGCCGUGUCCAUCGCUCUGGAAGCAGGACACAAAGACAUCGCCGUGUUGCUCUACGCACACGUCAACUUCUCCAAAGCUCAGUCUCCUGGGACGCCUCGGCUCGGCAGAAAGACGUCACCGAGUCCUACUAGGAGGAGCAUGUUUGAUUAGAAGACCCCGCCUCCUUUCCCCCCCCCGACACCCCACACAAACCCUGCGCUGCUAUUGGUUCACGCUGAACGACGCCUUAACCCAGAGCUGGAUGAGGGACUCGAUCCCACGCACCAACCAACCAACCAAUGAGAUUCCUGGAAAUAUUUUUUAUAUAUAUACAUAAAUAUCUAUGUGCACGCUGACGAGCCCAAAGUGCCCUUUUUGAGAAAUGAAUGUAACCAGCUGGUGCCUCCAGUCCCGUCAGAUAAUAAUCAGCAAACCAACACGGACACAAAUUCAUCGACUUUAUGCCUUUUUUUUUUUUUUUUUUUGUCCUUUUCUUUAAUUUUUCUUUAAUAUUUUUGCAAUUUGACAACUUUUUUUUUUUUUAUGUGUAAAGCUCAAUGUUGAUCAUUCAAGAGCACCAAAACGUCUGUGAUUCAUUUUUUUCUUUUUUGGGGUCCUCAUCAGAGUAGAGACGGACGGAGAAUGAUCCACCCGCCUGUUGGAGGAAGUACUUCCUGUGUAUAUAUAUCGCUCGCCUCGACAUCCCGGCUCUCUGCUGCUCACGGUCGACUCAUGAGGAUGAACGCAUGGACGAAACAAGACGCGACCUAGAACUGGAGAAAUUGUACUUUUAUACAAAUCCUUUGUAUCUAUUUAAAGAGAAGAAUCACAGUAUUUUGAAUAUUUCCUAUUACUACUUAACGACCCAUGAAGUUAUAUAUUUAUCAAAGUAUAGUUUUUAAUGCAGAUAUAUGUAUUUCAUUGUACAUACGUUGGUCUUUAGAGUUUAGUUAUUCCCCCUCUUUGUGUCCAGUUUCCUUCCUGUCCGUCUCUCAUGUGUAAUAUGAAAUGUCUGUCCUCUAGUGUUCUUCAAGGUACUGAAGAGUGCCUGAGACUUCGCCAUAUAACAAUAAAACACCAA